AAUAGACGUCGAGUUUGAAGAUCGUGUACCUCAAUGUUAUUCUAGUUGGCAACGUGAAGUCGUAGACGGCGACACAAAAUGCAUCUGCUGAUUCUUGCUGUAAAAUUAUGGCUUGUGGGUAUUUCUGGUUUCCUCAUAUUCGAAAAAACUGAGGCGAACAGUUACUGCUUCCUCGAACCGGAAGAAGGAGUGUGCAGAGCUAUGCAUCACAGGUGGUUCUUCAAUCACACCACAAAAAGAUGCGAGAAAUUUAUUUAUGGCGGAUGCAACGGCAAUAAUAAUAACUUCAAAAGUGAAAAAGACUGCCAGCUACACUGUCCAGGUAAUCUAACUUUGGCGAAACCUUCAGCGAAGGAUAUUUGCUUCCUCGAAGAAGCGGUGGGAAGAUGCAGAGCUGCAUUUCCAAGAUGGUACUUUAAUAAGGAGACAGGGAAGUGCGAAAGCUUUAUUUACGGUGGUUGCAAGGGCAAUAAGAACAACUUUAUGACCAAAAUUGAAUGCGAGGACUUUUGCCAAGAGUUCGUGACGGAUCCCUGCGCACAGCCGAUUAUCCUCGAUUCGAAAAAAAGGUGUGAAAACGAGAAGAAGGAACGAAGAUUUGGUUACAACAGAGUGACAAAGAAAUGUGAAAGCUUUGAUUAUUCCUCCUGCAAGGAAAAUAUGAACAACUUUCGUACCAGGAAGGCAUGUCUUCAAACUUGUGCAAAAGAUUCCACGUGCCUGCAGCAAACAAAAUACCACCGUUGGCGCUUUUACACAUCGUAUUUUUACAGCGCCGACAAGGACAUAUGUCGGGAAACCUCCACAUAUCUUCAGAAGCAAAAUGUCUGGCCUAAAGAAAACAGGUUCAAGAGUAUGGAGGACUGCUUCAGAGAAUGUAUGCCUAAACAUACGCAGCAUAUCAGACAGCAAACGUAAUAACUUCGCAUAAUAUUUUUCACAUAUCUAACUGAAGCAUGUUUUUACGACGAUGUGUAUGUAAACAAUAAAGUACGUUUAACUU